UUCCCUCGCAUCACCAACACGCCAUUCCAAUUCCAGAUUGCUCGUCGCGAGAGGUACUCCAGGGAGUGUUCGUAACUAGUGUUUUGCGCGCCGUCCGCGCUUGAAGCAGAGACACAGCAACGGGGAACAGAGCUGCGUGCAUCGAGGAUGGCGACAGCCGCUAUCGCAGCCAUGUCGUGCGUCCCUUACAGUCUUCGCCAGCCAGCGCUCCCACUAGCUGUUCGAGGACCCGCAGGGAUCAGUGCCGCGCAACGGCACGCACAGCCACUUGGGAGUUUCAGAACACAGGUGAAAGGAGCGGGUUUUCUACUGGAACAGCAGCAACGGCAGCAGCAGCAGCAGCAGCAGCAGAAGCGGCGACAGCAGCAGUGGCGGGAGCAGGGGAUGGGUCGUUGUGGUGUGUGGCGGGCAGCAGUGUCAGACGAGCAUAGCCAUGCUGAUACCAGCGAUUCAAGCUACAAGGCGACCCUAGACUCAUCAUCCUCCACCUCCUCAUCGUCAUCAUCAUUGCUUUCCUCACAAUCACAAUCACAAUCACAAUCACAGUCGUCAUCAGCAUCAUCAUCAGCAGCAUCAGCACCAGCAGCAUCAGAUUCCGUGUCGUCUUCAUCGUCCCAGGAGGGCGAGGCAGCAGCAGGGCCCAUUGUGAUCGAGUGUGCGAGCAUGGAAGCAGUGUACGAUUCCCUUGCUCGCAGACUCCUGGCUGCCGCGCACGCCACUACGCCCCCCAACAAGUUCCUUGUGGCGCUGGCGGGGCCUCCAGGGGCGGGCAAGUCCACGGUGUCUCAGGCCGUGGUGGAUCGGGUCAAUGACACAUGGGCGCGCGUGCUGCCGCAGACCGCCGCUGCUGCCGCCGCCGCUGCUGCUGCUGCUGCUGGGGGUGGCACUGGGGAUGCUGCUGAUGUUGGUGGUGCAGCUGCUGCUGGUGCUGCUGCUGGUGCUGCUGCUGGUGGUGGUGCUGUGGCAGCUGUGGCGCCAAUGGAUGGGUUCCACCUGUACAGGUGGCAACUGGACGCCAUGGAUGACCCCAAGGAAGCACAUGCAAGGCGAGGAGCCCCUUGGACCUUCGACCCUGCAUCGCUCGUGGAUUGCCUUCGAACACUCAAGGAGAAGGGCAGUGUGUCUCUGCCAUCGUUUGACCAUGGCAUUGGAGACCCACUCCCCAAUGACAUCCACAUACCCCCCAGCGUGCGAGUGGUGGUGGUGGAGGGCAACUAUCUGCUGCUCUCUGACGGUGACUGGCAGCACCUGAUGACCCUGUUCGACGAGACAUGGUUUGUGCAGGUGGAUUUAGACGAGGCAAUGCAGCGAGUGGAGAAGCGCCACGUGGCAACAGGCAAGGCACCAGAUGUCGCCAAGUGGCGGGUGGGCUACAAUGACCGGCCCAAUGCAGAGCUCAUCAUGGAGACAAAGCGGCAUGCGGACGUCAUCAUCGUAUCCAAGCCCCACGAAUAAGUCCCUCGCUUAUGAGCAGGACAGCCGAGACGGGGAUGCAGGGCCAGCCACUCCAGCCGACAGCUGAAUCAUGUGGGGUUUCACUUUCUGCCCAAAGUCGAUAAACAUGUACGGCAGGUUUUAAGAUUGCUUGUAGCAAAACACCUAUGGAUAUGCAUCCAAAUACAGCCUUACCAUACCG